UUUUGAGACAGAGUCUCACUCUGGUGCCCAGGUUGGAGUGCAGUGGUGCCAUCAUAGCUCUUUGCAGCCUCAAACACCUGGGGUCAAACAAUCCCCCCACCUCAGCCUCCUAGGUAGCUGGGAUUACGGGCACAUGCCACUCGGCUGAUUUUAACAACAUCUCAAGGGGCUGCACCCGACAGGCAAGGCAGAGGCUCCGCUGGGGCCUGCUGAGAGUCCGGCUCCGGAAAGCCAGUGGAGGUGCUCCUUGAAGAAACCGCGGAAUCCCACCCAUCUCAGGGGCUCUGUCCUGGCCUGCGGCCCUGGAUCAUCCACCCUGGGGCGGGGUGGGGAGCAGACCUCGCCCUUCUUGGCUGGGACUGAGGGUCCCGCUUCCCCAAAGACCUAGGCCGGGGUUCCCAGCCGCCGCCCCAAUGGGCAGCGCCCGGACCCGCCCAACCCCCCGAGGCCUGGCACUCCCCCUCAACCAAGAUGGCGCGGACGGCAUCAGUACGUCACGCGACCCGCCCGCCGGGCUCCUACUGCGCUGCUCUUAGCUGGGCAGUUGGAGGCCGAGCGGCGGAGCGGGAAGCCGGACCUGGGGCCGGUGGUGGCCAGGGCGGCGCUUGGGCCGCUGUUGUGAGGCUGCGCGCUGGCGCCGCAGGGCGGGAUGCUGUACCCCCGGGAGAGCCUGUCACAGGAGUGCAAGGAGCUGGACGGCCUCUGGAGCUUCCGCGCCGACUUCUCCGACAACCCGCGCCGGGGCUUCAAGGAAUAGCGGUGGCCACUGCGGAAGGUGAGGGUCCGGGGCAGGACCUGGAGGUGCCCGGAAGCCCGGCGGAAUGAGUUGGGGAGUCCGGGCCCCCGGCAGGCUCCUUCCCCGGGCAUCCCGCAGUUGGGGGCCCCACCGGUUUAAGGUUGCUGAGGAGUGGGCCCAGGGCACCUUCAAACUCAACCCCAAUGAUGAGGACAUCCACACAGCCAAGGAGCGCCUCCUGAAGUUACGACCCCUGCAGCCCCACUGAUUUCCUGGCCUCCCCUCUCCACGCUGGGCCACUUUGAGCAUUAGCACUAUCAUUCCGUUUACUUUACCAUUGGCAGACAGCAGCCGAGAUCUCAGGACACAGGUCAGGUGCAGUGGCUCAUGCCUAUAAUUCUAGCACUUUGGGAGGCUGAGGUGGGGGGAUUGCUUGAGGCCAGGAGUUCAAGACCAGCCUGGGCAAUAUAACGAGGCUCCAUAACUACAAAAACUUAAAAAAACUGAAAGGCUUCAACAGAAGAUUUGGGACCCUAGGGUAGGGAGGGAGGUUAGCAUGGCUGAUGAAGCCUACCUUGCCUGGGUCGACCCCUCUUUUUUUUGUUGUUUUUAGGAUCUUAAAAAACCAUUUAAUAAAAUCUCUUAAGGGAGAAAUAGGAGACAGUAAGAGGAAUCAGAUUUGGGAGCACAAUAGGCUUGAAGGCUUUCUGGGGACACAAUUCGGAGUUAGCCCUCAGCGUUAGCCAGGACCUGGUGGCAGGCUGGUCCAACCGGUCUGAGUGGCACUCCCGGUGGAAACAGUGAACCAGGGGAUGGUCUUCUCCCCAGGAACGGGCAAGGCCUGUGCCAUGAACUUGCUGACUCUUGGAAAUGUGGCUGCUGUAGAAGCCACUUGAGCUGGACCGCGGUCACAGUUCACCUCAGGCUCAACAUUCAACAAAAAUAUACUGAGCGCUCAGUCGCUAGAGGUGGUUUUAUGGUUACACAGCGAAGGCAAAAAUGGCUUCGGCUGCCCAAUGCACUCGAGUUUCACGUAUGUGGCUUCACAGUUUACAAAGUGCUGCCUGUGCUGCAGCAGCCCGGCCUUACCCCAGGCAGGGCUCCUUUCUCCAUGGCGUGAGGCAGAGUGGCCUCCUGACUUGCCAAGGUCAUAGUUGGGGUGGGGCUCCAUACAAUGGGAUCCCUUGUCUGGCUGCUCCCAGGCUGCCUGAGUUCUAGCACCAGCUACAUUGCCAUCCACCUCCUCCUGCAACCUCCCCACCAAGGGUCAGGGCUAGGAGAUGGACUGGAUCCAUGAGGAGAAUUAGAAAACCUAUUCUAAUGGCAGUCUGAACGCUGACCAUGGCAAGAGAGGCUUGGGACCAGGCCCCCAGCUUCUUUAUGCCCAUAGGGUCCUAGCUGACUCCUUACUUUUUGGGCUCAGUAGUGUUUAUGGCUACAAGUCCUCUAGCCAGGGUCCCAGGAGCUUCUUCCGUGUGUACGUUCUGCUGAUGGGGCACCUCCUGGAGAACACACGACUGAAGGGAGAGUCUUCGGCAGUGGAGGGAAAUACAUCUACAUCCUCAUCUCUGGGGUCUUGGCUCUGAGAGGAAGGUGUUUUCCCCUGGAACAGAAGCAGAGUCUGGGUCAGAGUCUGGAGGGCACUGGCAGAGAGGCAGCUCCUCAGGGUACAGCCGGGAGGAACAAACGAACCCGAAACAAACACCUCGUCAUCUUCCGUGGAGGGUAGCUGCCGUGCACUCUGACUUGGAGACGUCUCUUUACUCAUCCUGACUUCUGAAUCUUCUCUCAGGUCACAGAUCCUUUUGGCUCCAUGGUCAUCAUCUUCCUUGGCCAACAGGACUCUCUUCCUGGAACUCAACCCAAACUGUCCCCAGGAGGAGGCUUCCUUGGCCUUAGGCACGCUGUUCCUGGGAGGUGACUGGUCUGGCAGCUGGCACACUCCCUCAAGCUCAAAAUCCUCCAAAAUGGGCAUCUGGUGCAUGCUGAGUUCAAGGCUGUGCUCCUUGCUCUCUGGCUCCAGCAGCGACAGCCUCCUAGGAAGGUCUGCUCCAACCUCACCCCUCCCAGAAGAGGACCCAGUCCUGCAGCCCCCCGCUCUCUUCCUCCUGGGCCAGUCUUUAAUUAUGUCUGGAGUUGUCUUCCCACUGUGCUUGGGGGAUGGUGUCCAGGGAACCCCAUCUGUUUGAAAUGGAGACGGGGUACUAGAAGGGCCAUGGGUGGGGGUGCAGGCCUGGCAGAUGUAGGUUUGCCCCCUGCUCUUACCAGGUGUGCUGUGGGAGAGGCGGAGGCAGGGGGGUGACACAUAGGUGGGUUCAGGUUUGCCUGAGGACCUGCUGACCCUGGGCACGCUGAGAACAGGGAGGACACUCUCCUCUCCCAAAGAGCUCUCCUCCUUACUGAGGGGCUCAGCCUCUAACAGAGCUGGGGUCUAUUUAAUGCGAAGUUUGGGAAGGCCAGAAGCUUGCAUCUGCAGCUCAACCUUGUAGGUCUGUGGGCUGGCAGAGGCUGUGGAAUGCCAAUCUGACAUCAGCAGGUUGUCUAGCUGUGCCAAAGCCUGGCACUGCCUCCUAUCCGUGGUACAGCGCAGGUCGCAGGAAGACAUCAGAGGAGAGCCGGGCCCACAGGAAGGAGGAGAUGGGGUAAUCCCAGGGUGAGACAGAGAAGACUUCUCCUCAGCAUCUGCUGUCCUUAGCCCCUCACCCUCUUCCACUGAUGAGACGUUACUUUUCAAGUUACCUCUGUCGUGAUGUUCAGCUUCACUGAGGAGAGUGAGGUGCUCUGUGUCACUUGUAAUGAGCAAAGGAGAGGAUGCAUGCCAGUCACUCCUGAGACCAGGGCCUGGGUAGCUCCGUCUUUCAGGAGGAGACUGAGGAGAGAGGUUCAGUUGCUUCUGGUCAUCUCUAGAGUCUGUGGUGGCAGCUGGGCUGUCAGCUGUGCCAACCCCAGAAGUAGCAGAGGCAUUGGGCUGACACUCCAGGAUGCUCCUUCUGGGAUCAGAGGUCUUUCUACACCAUUUCCCAGCUUUACAAGGGGGCGGAGGAGGGAUGGUGUCCAAUGUAGCGCUCUGUGAAAGAGAGAUGCAGCUACACUGGGUGACAUCGGGGGCUCUUUCCCAUCCAGUUCUUCUGGGGAAGGAGACUCUGUUUUAGAUUUCCCAAAUGGACUCUUCUUGGAAGUAUCACAUAAAGGAGCGGUAAAUAGUUUCUUUGGUGUAACAGGUGGGGAAGAAGUCAUAGUUGAAUUCCCUGGUCUUUUUGGGGUUUUGAUAGCAUUAUUCUUCAGUUUCUGGGGUGGUUCCUCUGCCUAAGCAGCUCUGGGUACAUGGGGCUGUUGGUGUGUUUGAUUCUGAGGCAUGCCCACGAAGGCUGCUGCUCUCGGGGGUGUUCUGAGAGGGUCUCUGAAGGGACUAAGACACUCUCUCCUGGGUUGGGCAAUGGAUGAAGUUGGGGGUGCUGCACAAGAGGGACUUUCUGGACUAGAAUCCACUGAAUGUGGCCAAGUACAAUUUGGUGAAAACCGAGGCAGCUGAGUACCUUGCCUCUUAGGAGUUCUUGGUGUCUUUGUUUCAAGAAAAGUGCCUUCUCCUGCCUGGGUGCAUCGUUUUUGAGGAGUGAUUUUUGAAUCCAAUGGUGACUCACAGAUGUGUGAGGAGGAAUCUUUUAAGGACUCCUUUAAAGUUGCCUGCUUUGUAGGGGUCAUUUUUGCAGGGGACUUCUGUGGCCUUUCUGGAAUACACGACGGAGUUUGUGGUGUAUGAGAGAAACUUCUUGGUGAAGUUUGAGCAAAGCUCAGAGAUUUCUGGUGACUCUUCUUGGGAGUCUGGUAAGCUGCAGGUAUCUCUGAACCCAGUGUGCUUCUUGAAUGCUUUUUCAUUCGAGCUGAACCUUUUUCUGAGGGUCUGAUCAUCUCAGAUACUGCCCCGAAAAGAAGACUCUUAGGAGAUUGAAUACUUUGGACUGGAGAAUUUUCUCUUUGGUCUGACUUAACUUCCUGGAAUGAGUGGACUCUUUGCACACUUCGAGACUUCGGCUGAGACAAAGAAUGGAAGGAAGCAGAAUGUCCUGUUAAAUGACAACUGCUUGACUCGAGGACUUCGUCUCAAGCUUAUUUCAUUUCCUUUUUCAGGGGACUCUUCAACAACACCAAUAUCAGGACCAGGAUCAGAGGACCUGCCCUUGAUUUGUCUAUGCAGCAGCCUUUUGGAGAUCUGCUUAUGCAAUGGAGUCUCGGCCACACUCUUUGUCAGCAGUUUGUGAUUACCUUUGGUCUUCUUGAAAUUAUCAAGUUUAUCCUCUAGACCUUCCACAGCUGACACAGAAUGGCAUCUAGGAAACCCCCGUUUCAGUGAUCUCUUUUAAGGGGAAAGCAUUUCCUGGUUGAAAAGAUUAUUUCUUCGAACUUUGGUCACUUCUUGUACUGUAUCUUUCAAGUCCCAUGUGUACAUGGCCUGGAACAUCCCCAUGACGAACCCAGGGGUGGACUUUGGGGACGUGUCUGAGAGGCUGGCCCUGCGCCAGAAGCUGAAGUGUCGCAGCUUCAAGUGGUACCUGGAGAACGUGUACCCGGAGAUGAGGACCUACAACAACACACUCACGUACGGAGAGGUGAGAAACAGCAAAGCCAGCGGCUACUGCUUGGACCAGGGAGUGGAGGAUGAUGACCUAGCGAUCCUCUACCCCUGCCACGGGAUGUCCUCCCAGCUGGUGCGGUACAGUGCUGAUGGCCUGCUGCAGCUGGGGCCUCUGGGCUCCACGGCCUUCCUGCCCGACUCUAAGUGUCUGGUGGAUGACGGCAGGGGCCGCACGCCCACCCUGAAGAAGUGCGAGGACGUGGCGUGGCCAGCACAGCGGCUGUGGGACUUCACCCAGAGCGGCCCCAUUGUGAGCCGGGCCACAGGCCGCUGCCUGGAGGGGGAGAUGUCCAAAGACGCCAGCUUCGGGCUCCGGCUGGUGGUGCAGAGGUGCUCAGGGCAGAAGUGGAUGAUCAGAAACUGGAUAGAACACACGCGGCAAUGACCCCGCCUCUGCCUGGACCCGCACAGGCCUCGGGAAGGCACUGGGCUGAGCCCAGCACACACGGCAGGGCUCCAGGUGCGGCCAGGACACGGAGGCUGAGUGUCAGCCCCUCCUCGGACAGGCAGCUCUACCCAAGGGAAGGCGUCUGGGACAGCGACACCAACUCAAACACGUGCCUUCUCCACGGCAUCUCCUGUCCUGGGACGGCUACCGCCUCUGCAUGUGACACGGCCCCCUAGGGAGGCCAAGCCCCGGACCCCACACAAGGCUGCCUGGGCAGAGAGAGGGGCGGGCCCUCUGUGCUGAUGGGGGUUGGUGGCCAGGAGGCAGGAUCCUGGGUCCAGCUCCUGUCCCUCCCUCUUCCUGUAGUGUGCCAGGCUCCUCAUGACCCUCAAGGGACUUCUAGCACCUACAACAAAGACUUAAAGGUGUGAGGCUGGGGGCAGUGGCCGGUAGAGGCCUGCUGCCUACAUACCACGUGCCAGUUCUCGGGGCUCUGGCAUACCCAGGCAGGGGUCCCCCAGGAUUGCCAUACAUCCUCCCAUCCUGUGCACACAGCCCCAUCCAUGGCUACCCUUGGAGCUCUCUGCCCUUCCUUUCUGGGGUGCUGAGUGUUCUUCCCAUGGAAGGCAGUGAGGAUGCGUCAGUGGGGGUGGGGCUGUGGAGACCCUGGGUGCCAGGGAGCUGCUAGGCCCUUACCUGCUGCCAUGUGCCUCCCAGGACAAGGAAGCUGUGUUUGAUGUGUCAGAUACUGUGAGUGCCGUGUUCCAGGUGGCCACUGGCAUCAUCUGUACACUGCAGGCAGGACACCACCCACCUGCCUCUCCUCCCCUAGGUCCCAGGCACUGGAGUGGGCAUGCCAGGAGGGUGGCCUUGGGAGGAGGUGAGGUGGGGCUGGAGGACCUGGGGCAGGGAAAGGAGAGGUGUGCUCACUCCUGCUCCAGGGGAACAGGGAAGGGACAGAAACUGCUACCACACAAUGGAAGUAGAUGAGACUCAAGGGGCCUGGGGCUUGUCAACUGGCCUGACCAGGACCCUUUUAAAAAAGAAAACUUAUAUAAAAGGCUGGCAUGGUGGCUUGUGCCUGGAAUCCCACACUUUGGGAGGCCGAGGCAGGUGGAGCACUUGAGGUCAGGGGUUUGAGAC